UAGUUUCAAAUGAUGCAAUGUGUCAUGGCACUCGUGUAAUUCUCAGGGAUAUCCCGUGGUCUAGAUUGUGGAUAGGACGUGUUGCACUAGUAUUCUGCAACGUACAAAAAGAAGGAGAUGUAUCGCGCUAAUUCUUCGGAAUCUUUUUGUUGAAGUCCAGCCGAUCCGAAAAUUGAUCGGAUCUUUCAGGUAAUUUUCGUGAAAAGAGUCCUCAUAAUCUGCCGAGAACAUUCCAUUAAAGAUCCAUCGGAAUCCUCUUCAAGGAAGAAAAGUCUGUACAGAUCAACUUUACGAACUUCUUUCAUACACGAAUUUACCAAAUAUCUACACUAUCACAGUUUUUUUUUCUACAUUAAGUGACCAUUUCAAAUACGAAAUUAUCCAAUUUCUUUCUUCAUCUUUAUCACUUUGGCUCUCAUUAGUUUGGAUUUUAAGAAAAUAUAAAAAAACAUUCCAACUAUCUAUAAACCCAAACUGAAAAUUCAACUGAAUUCUCAAUGAAUUCCUUCAUAUUCUAUAUAAGAAUAAUUCCACUUCUUGCUAACUCACUCAAAAGACUAAAACUAAAUCUUUCGUUCCUCUUGAUAUGUCCUUUCCAUUUCUAAUGAUGUAUCACGUGCACACUCACCCAGUGUAUACAAAUAUAUAUCACAAAAACAUACGAACUAGCACUCUAUAUUAUUUACUCUAUACUUUUAAACCCCUUUCGAUUUAAUAGGAAUAGAUAACCACAGAUAUGGCUGAUAAGGAAAUCACUACAUUUGUAGUGGAUUUAUCACCGUCAAUGGGGGAAAAAUAUAACAAUACCCCUGAUACCAAUCUUGACAUUGGAUUGAAAUAUUUUUAUGAUCUUGUCAUUGCAAAGGUACUUCGAGGUCGUAAAACUGAUUAUGUUUCAGUCAUUGCAGUCAAUUCGCCUCUCACCGAUAAUCCAUACGCCGGUGCUGGGGGCUCUUUCCAAAAUAUAGAAGUUGUGUGUGAGAAAAUAGCACCACUGUACUCCGAUUUGAAAUUCUUUCGUAAUAAGUUAAUCCCCAAUUCCAACAUGGAAUUUAAAAGUAAUACUGGUGAUUGCUUUGAAGGGUUGGUUCUCGCGGUGCUGCUUCUUAAGGACACUCUGAAACUAAAGUUCACGAGAAAUAUAGUCGUGAUAACAAACGGCCAAGCUCCAUGUGAGUCGUUUGAACUGCCAUUGGCAAAUGCCACCAAAGUGGCCAUGGAAAAACUCUCGAUAAACUUGAUGGUCAUUGGGGUUGGAUUUGAAAUUUCUAACCGGUCAGAAAAUUUUAAGAAUUGGUCCCUUAAAUGUAAAGAGUACAAUGGGACGUUUUUAACGGGUAUAGAAUCUAAUGAGGCCAUCCAGUACCACCCUCCAUUACGGAAAGUUAGACCAAUGAAAUAUUAUCAUGGUCAAUUGAGGUUUGGUAGUGAUUACCUUCGGAUUCUAGAUUCCAAAGACGAUUAUUCCCCAGAAUCUGACGUGUAUUCCUUGACCAUGGACGUUGAAUGCUAUCCAGCUGCUAAAAUUGAACCAUUGCCCAGUGGCCAUAGUUAUGUGGUUAAAAAUGAUGCGGUUAGUAAAGUUAGUCAUGAACGUGAAUAUUAUGUACAAAGGCCGAAAGUAGAGGAAACUGGAAAUGAUGAUGAACAAUUGGGUACACGUCAUCAUGAUCUACCACAAGAUGAUUCCAAUGACUCUAAUGUUGAGAUUAUUCCCAUUGAUGAGGGUGAAAAAGUCAAAGGAUUUAAGUAUUCUAAUUAUGAUUUGAUAGCCUUAGAUAGGGACUUGGAAAUAGCUUCCACUCUCCACACAAUGGAAGGAAUGGAUAUAGUUGGGUUCUUCAAACAUGAAGAUUUCCCAUUUGCAUAUCUCACCGAAGAAUCCUUUUAUGUGGUACCUGCUUCUGGAGGAUCAUCUAGGAAUAUUCUUGCAUUCAAUCUGUUUUGUAAAGCACUUCUCGAGAUGAAAAGUGUUGCCAUGGUUCGAUACGUUCAAAAGGAUGAUACUGAAGUGAAAAUGUGUAUUUUAAUGCCAACCAAGGUAAAUAAUGGGGAGGGUAAGUUCAUAUAUACUUGUUCAAUGACUAGAAUGCCCUUCAAGGAAGAUGAAAAUUUGGGCAGGUUCCCAUAUUUGACUCCAUAUAAAAAUGAGAAGGCUGAAGAAGAAGAAGAGGAAGAAGAAAAUGAAGAUAAUGAAUCCUCCGAGAAAGAAACAUUGAAGUUUCCCACUAAAUCUGCAAAUAAACUAAUGGAAUCAUUCAUCUUAGCAAAAGAUCUAGAUGGUGACUCCAAGGUAGAGAGUUCCCUGAGCAUCAAUAUUCCCAAGGCAGUAGUGGCGGGAUCUGCAGUUAGUUCAUUGCCCAAACCAGUUAAAAUUGAAGAAGUUGUGGAUUCAAAGCUUACUUCACCUUCACCUGCACUUCACAAAUUCAAUUUAAACCUCCGUAGAAUAAUAUUUGCUUCAUUACAAAAUACUGGAGAUCUUCAUGAAUUCUUGGAUAACCCCGACUUUGUUAAGCGAUACCUUGUCAGCAAGGAAUCGAACAUGUUCAAUUUAGGCAACGUGCUAAAGCUCAAUGGAAGUGUGGAGUCUGAUUGGCUUAAAUCAGUCAAUAAAAGAUCACUCCCAUUUGUGAAGGACCUUGUCUCGGAAUUGGGGGUAAAAUAUGUUAGUCGGGAAGAAGCAGAAAACAGGGCCAAGCGCAGGAAGCCUGGUGCUACUUUACAUGGAUUGUUUAAACGGAACCCACAGGGCACAUUUGGUGCUAAUGAAGGUGAAUAUGAUGAAAUGCCAGAUUUAGAUAGAAUCCUUCAAUAGAACAAUAAAGAAUGUCAAGGGCGGUGAUAUUAACUACGCGAUGGUUACCUUGGACUAUUUACAUUAUCUAUACAUAUAUACA